UACCUAGUAAUGUAUACCAUACAUACAACAAACGUAGUAUCACCACAACAACACCACACCAACGGUUACUCUUACUCCUGUAAGUUAUCCAUAUGCAUAUUUUGGAUGGCUUCGAUUCCAAUGAGGUAGAGCCAUUGAUUCUUCUUGCAGCCAGAGAUGCAGGUGUCCGUUGAGAAGGAGCUACCGAGGUAAGUGCAGGGAUUUCCUAUGUACGUUUAGCUUGAAACCUUAAAUCUCUUAUCGGAUUAACCGAUAUCGCGAUUAGUGUACUCUCCGUAGGUACCUGGCUCAACAUCAGAUUUCAUGAAUCAUUUCAUUGUCUUUUGUCGAAAACGAAAGCAAAGAACUGCGCCUGGUCCCAUGUUCAUUCAUUAUCAGUUUUUUUUUAAAUCUCAUCAUCUACAGACCGUAGACAGGCAAUCAGCUUACAGCAAAGAAUCAUACCGGCCGUGUAUAACCUAUAUAGUCUCUGCAAUCGACUACUUCAGCUCCGACUCAAACCAUAUUCAUGAAUCACAACCACCAAACAUGACUAGAUCUACAGUAUCUCUCCGAGUUCUACGAACUCCUCCCCGGUCUACCCGAGCAAAGCCUGCUAUUUCAUACGCAGAACCAUCGACCGACAGUGACGACGAUUUAGAGGAGGAAGAGAACGGCAAUGCUGCAAAACAAUCACAUAGAGCUACCUCUCGCACUCCUCGCACGAGAAUCCCUCGAACAUCCACUAGAAAUCCGCCGGCAUCUCGCUCUGCGAACAGUAAGACACAUACAGCUACUAUGAAAAGCACCCGACAGAAGCCGGUUAUCUCAUACGCGGAGGCUUCGACUGACACCGAAUCAGAAGAGGAGGAGGAUGAGAGCGGAGGCAAUGAACAAUCGCAUAAUUCCUCCUUUCGUACGUCCCGUUCAAGACUCCCUCGGAAUGCUUCAAGCUCUCGUGCUUCCACCAAACGACUCCUUUCUAGAUCCCUUGAGUCGAUGCCGAAGCGAAGGAAACAAAAACGGUCAACCUCUUCUAGGAGGUCUAUAGUCCAAUCGCCAUCUAUCAUGUUCGCAGAGGAUUCUGGUAAUAUUCCGCCAUGGCAGACUUUACCAUACCAUGUUCUCGUUCAAAUAUUCGAAUACGCUACGUACCCAUUGUACGAAGAACGAACCUUUCAACCUCUUCCAUCCGGGAGAUGGCUUUUGGAUGUCGCAUAUCUCUGUCGGGGGUUUGCCGAGCCAGCUUUUACAGUUUUAUACAACUCACCUCCUCUUGUUCCCAUGGAUAAAGCCCAUCGGUAAGUAACUUUGGAGGUCUAAUUUCAAGUCCUCUAGCUCUAAUGUGUGAUUAGACUCGUCGAAUUACUCAAAUCUGACCCUGCAUCCGUGACUUUUGGUUAUAGGCAGAAGGUUGUCAAUCUUCGGAUUGAAGUCAGACAAGUCGCUUGCUAUUCUUUACCUGGAAGUGGACUUUUGGAUUUGUAUGGCUUAAUAAGAGACUUGCCGAGAUUGGUGGAUCUAGAGUUCUACGAUGAAAAAGAUUCGAAACCAUUCAAACAACUUGACGAGCCGAUCAGAUGGGAAUAUCCACCGGCUGUCUUUGAAGCACUUGAGCAUGUUGAAUCGGCGGCAGAUUCCAGUAAAGGCGAUAAAACCAGCCUGUGCAAGUUAAGGAGCUGGCGCUGGUCAUCCAGGCUAGGUGGUAAGAGGUGGCCUAUUGAGAGAAUGCGCGAGAUACACCUUAAACCAUCCUUCAUCGGCUUAAGAAAGGUUGCGUUUGUCAAUUACCAAAUCCGUCACCCUAAAAAAGGCGAGGAUGAUCCAAUGCUUGAAGGAACACUGGCCGAAUCGCUGUCCGUCCUGGAUAACCUGGAACACUUAAUAUUUGAAUCGUCAACGCUACUUAAUGCGAAACUGAUGCCCCUCUUGCCGUCAAACUUGCGCAAUCUAGAAAUUACUAAUUGCUGGGAGGUAACCGCUGAAAUGCUUGGGGAAUAUCUCGUCACCUGUGGGAGACAAAUUCGUUGUCUCACACUCAAUCAUAACUCGGCCUUGAGUUUAGCAUUCCUCCCUUUACUAGGCACUGCAUGUCCAUAUCUAGAAGCUUUGAGAAUGGACCUUCAAUAUUUCGAUGCACAUGUUUCCUACCAUAAUUCCGAGCCGGACUACGAUCAACUACUCAAAAGUGAUCAAAUUCCCGUAUGGCCACCCACACUUCAAACUCUCGAGCUUGUUAAUCUACGUAAAUGGGAUCAAGAAGCUGCAGAGAUGUUCUUUCAAAGUCUGCUGGAUAGUGCAGGCGAACUUCCGGAUCUCAGAGUUCUGGUUUUACAGGCGAGCAUUAAUACUGGUUGGCGAGAUCGGGCUAGUUUUAGAGACAAAUGGAUCGGAAAUUUGGGUCACGUCUUCAAAAGAAUCUGUGAUCCUCCAAAGCAUUUCAUCAAAGCUUCGGAAUUGCCAGAAGCCAAACUUCCCGAAUUAGAACCAGAUCGUCAGCAUAUUGACCAGAGCCCCGCGAGGAACAAAAAGGUUCAACAAAAAAGAAAUUCCCUACCAAUUCGUCAGAGCACGCGUGCCAAACGUACAACAAACUACGCCGAAAGCCCGGAUAAUUCUAACGAUGAAGACGAUGAUGAAGAAGACGAUGAAGUCGAUGAUACGGCAUCGUCCUCUCCUCGUCCCUCUAAAUCAAAACCGUCGGAUCGCGAACUCGCUCAAAAUCGUCGUGCUGCGCGGGAGGUUAAAACGUUAAAAAUUACGGCGGGCAUUGAUGGAUUUCCUUCUUCGCCGCCACAAACUCCUAGCUUGGGAGAGGAAGAUAGGGAUGACGCGGACAGUGUAAGUGAGAGUGAAAAUGGGAACCAGCAUGCCAGGAGAAAAGGGAAGAAGAAACAAAAUCUCAUUAUUCAAGGAAUGUGUGAGGUUGUGAAUAUCAUAAUCGACAAUAAGAGACCGGCAGAAACGCAGUUUGGCGAGGCUGAUUUUUUGGACAGUGAGCCGGAAGGUGAUGAUGACUGGGAUGGGGAUGAUGGUUUAGUGGAGGGGGGUUUGGCUUGGUGAUUGGGUUUGGUGGAUGCAUGCAUGGUAUGCAGCUUUUUACUUUUGUCUUAACAACUAAUCAAUCAUGAUUGAGGGGAAAGGAAGCGGAGUUACAGGAAGGCAUUAUGAUAUGGAUAUGGUGCAUGAAGAAAUGGCAGGGCAAGAUUAGCUAGAUUCAUAUACAUUGGAUGGAUGGAUGGAUGGAUAUCUACUUUUUCUAAUUGGCUUUCUGCUGCCUGCUUCCUGCUAGAUACAGGGUUUGAAUUGGCAAUCGCCACAAAUGAAUACAUGAAUUUAAAUGAAUAAUGGAUGGAUGGAUGGCCGCAAUGGAAUGGAUAAUGGAUAGCGAUCUGUUUUCAUAAUGUAUAGUAUGCAUACACUAUUGCGUAGAUUGGCAAGAAGCAUAGCCUAGAAUACUUAGGUAGCUGUGCUUUUUCUUUCCGGGCUCGUCGUUGUAUUGAUACCUACUACAUAUAAGUAAUAGGAAAAAGGAAAAACUUAUAA